CAAUGUUUACAUUUAUGUAUUUAGCAGAUGCUUUUAUCCAAACAGAAGAAGCAGUUCAUCAAUAAUAUCCAUAGUUCAAUCUUUGACUCUUUCAUCUUUUCGAUGGUUCCUUUUGCAACUUUUCCCUGAAAAGAGGAACCAGAAACGGCUUUUCUGUGAAAACAGUCUUUUAAGAGUGUAACCGCGUCAGCUUUGUUAGAUGCUGGAUUUAAUUUGGGUUGAUGAAUCAGCCAAUCAGGUGCCGGUAUCGUCUGUCCUGGAGUCCCGGCUCGGUCUGAUAUAGGAGGAUCCACUCAGGAAGUGUGUGUGAUAGCAGGAAGUGCUUCUGCAGCGGCUGGCACACACACAUCCAGUCAGAACAUAAUCUGAUCUGUGUUAGGAACACUACAUCCAGCUGCAUGCAUGAUGGGUUUAGUUAUGUGUUAAUAUUAAUUAAUAAUGCCCCAUGAGCACAUGAAUCUGUUUCUGUUGAUUCAUCGUUUGAGUCUGAAGAAAAGAGGUGAACUAGAAUUGACUGGUUCUAAAUGAAAGCGUUGUUGCUCCGUGUUUGAAGAUGUAACACACACAGUUUCUCAUGCUAGUGUGUGUGUUGAGCGUGAGUGUGUGUGUGUGUGCUCUCUGCAAGAUGAGCCGCUUCGCUCUUCACAGGAGGACCAGAGCUAACGGCGUCAAGCCCAGCACCGUACACAUCCUCAGCAACCCACACAACAGCGAGGCGGUGAACAGCAGGGGGCAGCACAGCAUCUCCUUCACCCUCUCCAGGAACCAGACCGUGGUGGUGGAGUACUGCCAUGAGGACCACACAGACAUGUUCCAGGUGUUUUCUAGAAGCUCAAACGACAGAUCACGGUUUCGAUUCUCAGCAAAAGUCCCUGAUACAAAUGUACACAGAUCAUUCAUGCAUGUGUGUGAAUGUAACGCCUUGAGUUGAGAAACUGACACAUAGUCGAUGUUUGUGCAGCUCAGUCGUAUAGUGCAGACUUCAUGCUCUGCAGUGUAUCUCUGAGUUCAGCAGCACUUCUGACCCUCGGAUCACACUGAAGACUGACCGGCUCCGCUCUGAUCUGUGUGAUGUGUGUUCUGCAGGUCGGCCGCUCCACCGAGAGCCCCAUAGACUUCAUGGUGACGGACACACAGGGAGCGUCCCAGGAGAGCGAGGACUCGUGUUCGGCUCCCAGCACUAUCUCACCCAAGGUGCACUGACGAUCGCAAAUCAUAGCGUGAAUAAAAGUGAUCCUUGCAUACCUUCAGACUGUUUCGGUUUCGUUCUUUACAUUUACAGUCGGAAAUAUUUAUGUCUAGUCUUUAAAAAUGCCAUCCGUAAAUCAAGACGCAUUUUACUGGAGACGCAAAAGUCUUGUUUUCCGGU